CUCACUCAUUGCGAUAAUAAUCCUACACCUGCCGGAAGAUGAAACGUAAAAAAGUAACGUUAUUUGUGCAUUUAAUAAUGCUUUGCCUCCAUGUGUCAGCAGUGGAGGUAAUUUCGACUGCAAGUAUGGAGAGCCCGACAACGUCACCGCCCACUUUAUCAGCCGCUACCUCAACAAGUUCAGUUACAUCAACUUCAACACUGUCCUCUGCUGAAGUUUCAACAACUCCAUCAGUCUCUUCCAUAACUGCACCAGAAACAUCGAGUGUAAGUUCACAAACAUCCACAGAUGCACUGACCUCUACAACAGCUCGUCCCUCACCCAGUACAGCAGCAGAAACAUCUACAGCAAGCUCGACGCAGACAUCAACAUCUGAAGCAACGACAGUGAUGUCGCUCGCCACGACAACUGCGGCAGAAACAUUGAGAACAAAAACACAGACGUCAACAGAAGCACUGCCCUCUACAUCAGCCCCUGUUUCAUCGAGUACAGCAGCAGAAACAUCUACAGCAAGCUCAACGGAAGCAUCAAUGUCUGAAGCAAUAAUGGUGACAACAGCACUUCUUUCAACAAGUGUGGCAGAAGCAUCGAUUGCAAGUACAAAGAUCGCCACAGCAGCAACAACAUCUUCCUCUAUUCCUGCCUCAACAAGAACAACUGCAUCAACAUCAACACUGAGCGCUACUGAAGGGUCAACAACUGAAGCAAUGACAUUCACUCUGUCAAUCUCAACAACAACUGCAGCAGAAACAUUGACAGCAAGUUCACAGACAUCCACAACAGCUCCAAGCUCUAUAUCAGCUCCUGGAUCAACAAAUACAGUAGCAGAAAUGUCUACAGCAAGCCUGACUGAUGCAACGACAAUGAGAACAUCACUUCCUUUAACAAGUGCAGUAGCAACAGAACAUUUGACUGUAAAUACACAGACAUCCACUGCAGCACAAACCUCCACAUCAGCUCCUGCUGCAACAAGUAGAAAAGCAUCUACACUGGCUGAGAGCUCUACGACAGAAUCGAUAACUGAAGUAACACCAAUUACAAUAUCACUAACUUCAACAAGAGCAGCAAAAACAUCGACAACAAAUACACAGACAUCAACAGAAGCACUGACGUCUACAACAGCUCCUGCCUCAACCAAUACAGCAGCAGAAAUGUCUACAGCAAGCUCAACACAAGCAUCAAUAUCUGAAGUAACGACAGUAACAUCACUCCCUAUGACAACUGUGGCAGAAACAUCGACUGCAAGUACACAGAGCCCAUCAACACCACCGACUCCUUCAGCAGCUCCGAUCUCAACAAGCACAAUAGCAUCAACAUCAACACUGUCCUCUACUGAAGUUUCAACAACUCAAGCAACGACAUUAGCUCUGUCAGCCUCAUCAACAGCUGCCACAGCAAGAUCAACAGGAAAUUCAGAGACAUUUACAACAGCUCUGACUGCAACACCAGCUCUUGCCCAAUCAAUGGAGCCUCCCAUUGUACCUGCAACAGUCAACCCAAAUGAAAGAAUCCAGGAAAAAGAAUUCAACAUAACCUUCACUGUUCUCAAACUACCUUUCAUAUCGACCCUUCAAAAUCGCAAUUCCUCAUCAUACAAAGCUGAAUCAAACAACAUUCUUGAUGCACUCAGUAAGCUGUAUGCCAAAAGCAAAGUAAAAUCGUUUUUGCAUUGUCAGUCUGUAUCAUUCAGGAUUCUGCAAGCUAAUUCACUGAACACACUUUGCUCUGCAUCUUGUUCUGUUAUAGUGGAACCCCUGAUUAUACCUGCAACAGUCAAUCCAAAUGAAGGAACUCAGGAGAGAGAAUUUAACAUAACCUUCACUGUGCUCUCACUGCCAUUCACACCUAAUCUACAAAAUCUCAGCUCUCCGUUGUACCUGGCUGUAUCAAGUAGCAUUCUUGACAAACUCAGUAAUCUGUAUGUCAAUAGCAAAGUGAAAUCAGCGUUCUUGAGAUGUCAGUCUGCAUCUUUCAGGCCUGCAAGUGAUGGCAACAGUACAGUAGAGGCAAUCUGCACCGUCAAAAAGAGUGCCGAUACCUCUCAAACUGAUAAAGUUCAACUCUACCGUGAAUUCCAAAAUAACACAAAGGGCAUCACUGCCUUAGGAAAUUAUACAGUGGACAGCAGUAGCCUCUAUGUAGAUGGUUACCAUGAAUCAGCUGUUUUAACCACGACGUCACCAACUGUAACCAUGACACAAACUCCAAGCUUCGAAGAGAAGCCCAUUGAAUUCAACGUGACCUUUGUUAUCACUAACUUACAGUUUACUGAGAGUCUACAUAAUUCCACUUCUUCACUGUAUAAAUCCGUGUCAAAAAAUAUUUCCUAUCAGCUCACUGACCUGUACAACUACAGCAAAAUUAAUGCAAGAUUUACAGAUUGUAAAGCUGUUUCCUUCAGGCCAGAGGAUAUUGCUAAUACCCGUGUGUACACAAUCUGUACAUUCAGAAACGAUUCUGAUCCUCAGGAGGUGAACAGAAUUACCAUGUACCAUGCAUUCCGAGACAGCACCAAGAAUAUCUCUACAUUAGGAGCAUAUACAUUGGACAGUAACAGCCUCUACGUCAAUGGGUACCAUGAAUCGACUCCUUUACCAACGACAUUACCAACUGUGAGCACAAGAAAAACUCCAAGCCUCGAAGGGACACCCAUUGAGUUCAACAUGACCUUUGUCAUCACUAACUUACAGUUUACAGAGAGUCUACAUAAUUCCAGUUCUUCACUAUACAACGCUGUGUCAAAGAAUAUUUCCGAUAGGCUCACUGACCUGUAUGACAAGAGCAAAAUUAAUGCAAGAUUUUCAGAUUGUAAAGCUGUUUCCUUCAGGCCUGCAGAUGUUGCUAAUACCCGUGUGUACGCAAUCUGUACAUUCAGAAACGAUUCUGAUCCUCAGGAGGUGAACAGAAUUACCAUGUACCAUGCAUUCCGAGACAACACCAAGAAUAUCUCUGCAUUAGGAACAUAUACGUUGGACAGUAACAGCCUCUAUGUCAAUGGGUACCAUGAAUCAACUCCUUUACCAACGACAUUACCAACUGUGAGCACAACACAAACUCCAAUCAUAAAGGAAAUCCCAUUGAAUUCAACGUGACCUUUGUUAUCACUAACUUAGAGUUUACAGAGAGUCUACAUAAUUCCAGUGCUUCACUAUACAAUGCUGUGUCAAGUAAUAUUUCUUAUCAGCUCACUGACCUGUACAACAAGAGCAAAAUUAAUGCAAGCUUUUCAGAUUGCAAAGCUGUUUCCUUCAGGUGAAAUAUUUCAAUUAUCUAUAUCAAAAUCAUGUAUCAACAUUAAUUUUAAGAAGGAGCCUGCAUCAGGUAAGGGUCUCUUGAACUGUGUGAAAAUAUUUAAAAUUGCUUGUAGAUGUGUAAUUUUAUAGGACUAUGCUGCUAUGUGCUAUAGAUCUGAGUCUUUCGCAUGUCAAGUUCAUUUCCAUACAGGUUCAGUUUAUCUUGGAACACAAUAUUGGAAGUCAAGCAACUGUCCAUGAAGACAGUUUCUUUUAAAACAAGUGAACUUUUAAGGUUUAAAGCCAGUCGAUGUUGCUAGUACUCGUGUGUACGCAAUCUGUACAUUCAGAAACAAUUCUGAUCCUCAGGAGGUGAACAGAAUUACUGUGUACCGUGCAUUCCGAGACAACACCAAGAAUAUCUCUACAUUGGGAACAUAUACAUUGGACAGUAACAGCCUCUAUGUCAAUGGAUACCAAGAAUCAACUCCUUUACCGA